AUGUGACUUACCAGACAUCAGUGGUUUUUUAACAAACCAAUUAGUAAUAAGCAUAGCUACAAAAGCCGUGCUUCCACCUAUUCCAGGGGCCCAAUAUUUACUCAUAAACGAGGGGAUUCGCGUUUCAUCGUUGGUGAGCACCUCCAAGGGGGUUGUGGCAACCUUCGGCCCAGACGCCAUUUUUGAUUAUUAUUAUUUGAGUCGGUCAAACAGGUAUCGGUAUUUUAUGUUGAUAACGAGAAGUACAUGGGCGGAGUCAAUUGCAGGUACUAGUCAAUUCAAAUUGUGACAUUUGAUGUGUACUUUUCAUCGAGACACUUAUUUCGAAUGAAAUUCAAAAAUUAAAUUCUUAGGUUAUGUAGCAAUGAAAAUUAAAACAAUUAUUUUAGUUUUAUUUAUCGUUAAUUUUUCUUUUGCUCAAUCCAAUGAGGCUGAAAUGGCGGAACAGAUUUAUAAAAAAUUGUUCAAACGACAACGAGCCGAGCAACUUGAGGCAAUUAAGAGUUUCCGGAAAAUCUCCAGUUAUGAAAAACAGUAUUCUAUGAUAAUGCUCAUGGCUGAGAAAGUAUUCACUGUUAUUCAAGACAGUCGCGCGACAAUCGAAGCUUCACCAUACAUUCCUGGUGUAUCAGACUUCCCAUUAGAUGAUAGAAUCAAAGAUGCCUUAUCAAAUAUUUUGGAGAAUACGGCUUUAUUUUCUGAUAUCAUUUUACGAUUUCCAGACAUAUCUGUAUCAGUAUUAAGGACCAACAACAACUGGGAUGUGUUACUUCAAUGGAGCAUUGCUUUCUGUAACCAAGUCAGAUAUCUUCUGGAUAAUAGCACAAUCAAAGCCCUGUCUUUGGCGAGCCAGGAAUUAAAUCACAUUGAAAGAAAUGCAAAUUAUUUUAAUCCUUACAGGAAGCAAGGGCCCCAACUAGAUCCUGAAGUCAACCCCAGCAAAGCAAAAAAGAAAAAGAAAGAGAUUAAGAAAGGACCGCGGUUAUCUAGUCAUUCGGAACUUUAAAAACUAGGUCAAUAAGACUGCUUCUUAUAAGAAAUACGCUCAAUUUUUUAUUUUCAACGCAAAGCUUGUAAUAAAUUAUUUUUUUUAUGUUUAGAGAAAUUUAUAGCACCACACGUUUUUGUUUAUUACUGAUAAUUAUUAUGAAUGUAAAGAUUACGCACUACAUAUAGUGAAUAGAAAGUCAGUAUUAAACACAAACAGAAUUUCCGGGCGCUAAGUAUUUUUAUAUGACAAUCUUAUUGUAAAAAAUUAGUUUUAAUGCUAUUUUUAACACAUAGUAUGGUGAAAUGUUACCGUGAUAAGUUUAAGAAAUUUCCAUAAAGCUUUACACAUUUAGAUUUGUAGAUAUACCAUAAAUAAAGAUUUACUCUUUGAAAUUUGUAUUUGUAAUUGCUUUUGAAGCACUGUGGGUGCUAAAUAAAAUAAGUUA